GUAUCGCCCUUCGAAAAGGAACAUCCACGCUAUUAGAGACAUUAUUGCAAAGGUCAUGGUUGGAAUAUUGAAUUCCUUACUUUUUCACACUUAAAAAGUGCGUAAAUGUAGCGACCAAAUUACUUGACGAAAAGAAAAGAAUAUUUGCAGCACAACGCAAAAUCUAUUGUAUUAGUGGUUUGUGUUGUAUAUAAAGCAAAGAAAUGACAGGAAUAAACACAUAUAGCAUAUGAGUUGAAAUGGGGAAUUCUCUUUCAGAGUUAGAGCAGCCACCACCACCACAAACACAUCAACAACAUUCUCAGUCACAACCACAACACCAACCAAAUGAACCAACCAAUAAGGAAGAAUUAAGAUUACCAUCCAGAAGGGAAAAUAAUUUGUUGCUGUCUCCACAACAUAAUUCAGAAGCCUCUAAAAAGACAGGACAAAAUGGAAUAGUUGUAAAAUCCAAUGAGACUCAAUCAGCUGCUAAACCUUUGAUCAAACAACAAAGUUUUCCACACAAGUAUGAGCACAUAUUGAAGGAUGCAGACUCACCAGUUGAUAAAUCUUCAAGGGAAAAGCUUUGUGAUCAGCUAUAUGGUGGAGUGUUCUUACAUCAUAAAACCAAGAAGUAUUGGGUAGAGAAGAAGUCCAACGCAAACUGUUUCAUGUUGUAUGCAAGAGCACUCUCAAUCACCUGGGCAGAAGAUCCAAAUUAUUGGAAAUGGAUACAACAAAAAGAUGCUAGUGGCGGAACGACUGAGGUGGCUGAACUGAAGAGAGUUUGUUGGCUAGAAUUGCAUGGAAAAAUUGACACAAGAAAGCUUUCACCAGGAAUUUUAUAUCAAGUUUCAUUUAUUAUAAUGUUGAAAGAUCCAGCUCAGGGUUGGGAACUUCCGGUAAAUGUUCGACUUGCACUUCCGGGAGGAAACAAGCAACAACACAAGGAAAGUUUAAUGGAUAAGUUAAGGGCAAGAUGGAUAGAGAUUCCAGUAGGUGAGUUUGUAGCAUCUGAAAAAGAUGGUGGUGAGAUGGAGAUAUCUAUGUUUGAAUAUGAAGGUGGUAUGUGGAAGCAGGGUCUUGUCAUCAAAGGUGUUGCCAUCAAGCCUAAGGAAUAAGAAAUAGAUAUUUAUGUAAUGUGCCAAUAAAGCUUCUUUUCAUUUAUACUAGUAAUAAAUAAAACAAAACACCAUGUAUUUGCUCAUAAUAUCAUACUAUACUGUACUGAAGUAUGGCAUUGUAAGGGGGAAGGGCAUAAUAUGCAUCCAAGUUUGGCAUGCACUGAUGCAAGAGACAUUUUAUUUGCCUGUUACAAAUUUCAUAAACUCUUACGUUGUCCAACCACCUAUUAUAUAAAAUACUGUUCCAUAGUGUUCCCCUGAUCUGCUAA